AUGGACACACAGGAGCUACGGUUCUUCGUCUUCAGCAGCUACUGUUCUUCGUCUUCAACAGCUUUGAUGAUGGAUGGUCCAUCCUCACAUGCAUCUGUAAACCCUACAAACACAAACAAUAAUACAAUAUCGUCUGAUGUCAGAACUGGGACAAAAUGUUUGAAUGGAGAUAUGGCAUGGGAAUGGGGAGAGUGGAGAGAUCCCUCAAAAAAACAAAGCAUUUGGUGUACAUUAUGUGGUAAGAUGGUAAGUGGAGGAAUCACACGAUUAAAGCAACAUCUUACUCAUACCUCAGGGCAAGUCACCGGUUGUCCGAAUGUGACUGUGGAUAUCCAAAAGAAAGUCAUGGCAUCAAUUAAAGAAAAAUAUAAGAUACAAAAGGAAAAGAAAAGAAAUAUAGAAAUUCUUAGAUCUUACACAGUUGAUCUUUCCGAUGGAAGAUGA